AUGAGGGAUCAUGUGAACCGCCUCACUGAUGGCUUUCAUUUGCGCGUGUUUCCCGGCGGUUCAGGGAGCGCGUAUGAGCAUGUUCGCAGUUUUUACGGGUUGAGGGCUUUGGCGGAUGCGGUCAGGCUGAAAAAGAAGAGAGCGGUGGUGAAAGUGAAUGACUCACGGACCGCAGGUCCAUAUGCGACAACCGCGACCACAGCCAAGCCUGUUUCUCCUGGUGCGGUCACUCGGGGUGCGGGUAAGAGACCAAUGGAGUCUGCCGCCCCCGUCAAUCUUGCCAAGCGGUCCAGGACAGGUUCCCCGCGGUCGAAGGCGGUCGAGAACCGUGGUAAGGGUGUGUCCCCCUCUGCGAAGUUGAGUCAGGUUGAUUUACCUCCGCUGGCGGCUACCGAUGGUGAGGCGGCUGAGCUCGCCUUUCAUACCAUCUGUGACCAGCUUGUUGUGCCUCCGGAAUACACGGCUUCCUCGAGUGGAAAUACCCGGCGUCUUGCCGGGACCGCUACUCAGUUCUUCUUCGCGGCGCAGGUUGGGUUCUCCCAGAUUUUGAUGAACAACGACCGCCUCUCGAAGACCGUCGAGGACCAGACCGCGGAGAUUAUCAAGCUGAAGAAAAGUUCGAGUGAGGGUAGGGAAGCGCUGAUGGCAGAAGUCCGCCCAUUGGUGGAGCGGGAGUUUGAGGAGCGGUUGGCUGCGAAGGACCGUGAACUAAGUGCUGAGAAGGAAGCGGUUAGGAAGGCGCUCGAGGAGCAGGAUCGACUUCGGGAGCGGGUAAGGAAAUCCGGUGAGAUGGAGAAGUUGCUACUGGGAGAGCAAGAGUCUCUGCGCAAGGAGAUAGAGUCGUUGAAGUUGGAGAAUGCGGCCGCUUUGAAGACUCACCAGGCGGAGCUAGAGACCGUACGAGCAGAAGUCGGGCCAGCAUACUUAGAGUCGGAUGAGUUUCAGGUGAUUGAUAAUGAGAAGUAUAAGACCAUUGUUGGUAAUGCGGUUGCUGCCAUUCGACACUUGUUUCGUAUGGAUCAGCCUGAAGCGGUUUGGAGUACUGAUGAGAUUUGGGAUGCUAUUGGUGCAUGGUCGGAUACGGAUGUGAAUUCCGAGAACGAGGAGGAAGAGGGAGGAGGGGCUUCUCCCGGUGGUAAUGCCAAGGAUGAUGGCGGUUCUCACCAGUCGUGA